UGCCCAAGUUUACACAGUUACUACAUGGUGGAGCCAGUUUUUGAAACCAAGGAAGUCUGGUUCCAGAGUUCAUCCUGUGAACUACAGUCCUAUACUGCUUCUUAAAGAAAAUGUCCUCUCUGUCGGUUGAAAUGUCUAUGAUUUUAUCUGCCUCAGUCAUUCGUGUCAGAGAUGGACUGCCACUUUCUGCUUCUACUGACUAUGAACAAGGCACAGGCAUGCAGGAGUGCAGAAAGUAUUUUAAAAUGCUCUCCAGGAAACUUGCUCAGCUUCCUGAUAGAUGUACACUGAAAACUGGACAUUAUAACAUUAAUUUUAUUAGCUCUCUGGGAGUGAGCUACAUGAUGUUGUGCACUGAAAAUUACCCAAAUGUUCUGGCCUUCUCUUUCCUGGAUGAGCUUCAGAAGGAGUUCAUUACUACUUAUAACGUGAUGAAGACAAAUACUGCUGUCAGACCAUACUGUUUCAUUGAAUUUGAUAACUUCAUUCAGAGGACCAAGCAGCGAUAUAAUAAUCCCAGGUCUCUUUCAACAAAGAUAAAUCUAUGUGAUAUGCAGAUGGAAAUCAAGCUGAGGCCCCCUUAUCAAAUUUCCAUGGGUGAACUGGGGUCAGCCAAUGGAGUCACAUCAGCAUUUUCUGUUGACUAUAAAGGUGCUGGUAAGAUUUCUUCCGCUCACCAGAGGCUGGAACCAGCAACUCUGGCAGGGAUUGUGGCAUUUAUCCUUAGUCUUUUAUGUGCAGCUCUGAAUCUAAUUCGAGGCUUUCAUGCCAUAGAAAGUCUCCUGCAGAGUGAUGGUGAGGAUUUUAAUUACAUCGUUGCGUUUUUCCUUGGAACAGCAGCCUGCCUUUACCAGUGUUAUUUACUUGUCUACUACACCAGCUGGAGGAAUGUCAAAUCUUUUUUGACUUUUGGCUUAAUCUGUCUAUGCAACAUGUAUCUCUACGAACUGCGCAACCUCUGGCAGCUUUUCUUUCACGUGACUGUGGGAGCGUUUGUUACACUACAGAUCUGGCUAAGGCAAGCCCAGGGCAAGGCUCCUGAUUAUGAUGUUUGAUGCCAUCCUUCAGACAUAUUGCCUUGGCUUCAGGGGAAAAGGAGGGAGAAUAUCGUAACUACCACUGUGAUGAAGAAACUGCUCACCACAAACCAGAAGCUCUGCUUUCUUUCUCUCCAACUGUUUUUGGUUUGAGUCAGCGUGGCAUGCCUGUGAGCAUGCAAUACCUGCGAGCAUGCAAUACCUGCUAGGCAAACUCCUCUCAGCAAUGAUGGCCGUGAAAUUAUCAUGAGGAAGAGGAAGAGGAGACCUCUCCUCAGGGCCAUGGCAGUGGAAGAACAGUCAGACGCCAUUGAAAGACUUGGCCAGCAGCCGGGAAUCCUGGCUGAAGCGUUCAACUAAAAAGUUUGUGUGGUACUUGCUCUGAGAACCAAGCAGGAGCUCUACAACCCGGGUUUGCCUUUGUGAGGCAUUAGUGUAGACCAAAUAAAAAGAUGCUGCCGUGAAUUGGAAAGUUUAUGUGUAAAACAGAUGACUUGGUAAAUAUCAGAUUAUUUGCACAUUUAUGGUACCAUGAGUUUAUGAAGUCCUGAAUGGUGUGGAAUUGGUUCUUUUCCCUUUUAUGUUUUUGCUUGAGUCUUAACCCUAGAAAUUACCCAGUGUAGGAGAAGGCUGUGGUGAGCUCAUCCCUGGAGCAUCACAAGUGUUGAAAACACAGUGACACGUGUUUCUUUACUAGACCAUGUUUAUACUUUCUUUUGAAAUCAUUUUUUUAAAAUAUGAUUUGUUGGACUAUAGCCGUUGUUUCCCAGAUUUCGAUUACUUGAGUAUUACAUAGGCUAUUAUUUACUUGAUAUUUAUGUUUUAAAUUUUAAAAUAUUUUAAAAAGAAACUAACCUCUACUCCAAGUGGAAAACCAGUAUCAGUUUGCCAUAAAUAAAAGAUAACUACAAAAUAAAUAAAAUUAAAACAAAAAAUGUUACUAAAUUCUAGCUGGAUACUAAUACCUGCCAAGGCUCUGAAUCUAGAAAGCCUGUUCUUUCUUUGUUGCAGUGAGAGAGGUUAUCCAGCACCAAAAUGGGGCUCUCUCUUUGGAAUUAUCAGAAGUAUAAAGAAAAUUGUAAAGGGAAUGACAUUCUCACUGUGAUUCAGCAUUAUUAAAUUCAGUGUUGUGUACCACCUAAAAUCAUCUUGCAUGCCACCACCUGGUAUGGGUCCUGCACUAUGGAAACACUGAGCUGUUCUAAGAAUUAGAAGGUGCCUGACUCUUCUCUCAGCACCUCUUAUUAUUUUAUGGCUUUGAGGAGUUAAGCACCAACUACCUUAAAAAACUUAACUUGCUUUUUGAUAACAUUAUAAAGGCUGUUCAAGCAGUUACACAUUAAUAAUAGAGGAAGCAUAAUUUGGCUCCAUUAACAAAAUCAACAACUUUUGGUUUUGAAGCCAUCUUCAUGAGUGAUUUUCUUGAGAAAAGAUUCCAAUUAAGGAUCAUAAGGUACUAAAAUUUGAUAUCCAGGAAAACAGUGGACCUAUUACAUAUACUUCAUGUUCCUGGGCAUAUUAAUUAUGCAGGAGAAAUAGUCCAAAGGGGUAAAGUCAUUGAACUGCAUUGUUUGCAGAACCAGUAUACAUAGAUAUGUCUACAGUGAAAAAUCUUGCUUAACCAGAACCUUUCUGCUACACUAUCCUUUUAGGAGAAUAAGGCAAAAGGAAGACAAUACACUUAAAAUAUUGGAAAUUUAUUUAAAAACAAGAAACCCCAGUUCUCUCCAAUUUUCUGCCUAUAGCAGAACUGCCCAGAACUUAUGUAUGUUCUAAGAUAUCCCAAGGUGCCACAUGAUCCUAAAUCAUGAAAAUAAAAUUGAUUUAUGUUUGACAUUUUGUACUUACUGAGCCGGGAAAGUAAAAUGGUUCAAUGUAGAAAGUUUUUUCUAAACUAAUGGUUAAAACAAGAAGAAUUUUUUUGUAAAUAGUCAAUUGACCAGGAGGUCGGAGUAUUCUGGUUAAUUGUAAUUUUGCUGUAUAUUGGUAUUUUAUAGCUCUCUUACCAGUUUGGUUCACCUUGUUACUGGGUUAUAAUGUUUAGUAUUUGGAUCCAUUCAGCAAGGACACUUGAAAACUCACCAGCUGUCUUUAAAGGCUUAAUUUGUUUUUUUAUUUUUGUUUUGUUUCUUCUCCAGCUAUUUUGGAUAAGGGGUUGUUUACAUUUUAAUGUAAAAAAUGAAAACAGUUAUAAAUAAUGUUUUAUGUAUGGAAA